AUGGGAUUGGGUGCCUCUCAUGUGACCAAUCGAAGCUCUGAGCCACUACCGUUCUUCUUUGGAAUAGACGUCAACUUGCCACCACCAUCGGUGGCACCAUGCUACGAGGAGAACGGUGUGUCUUCGCCGAACAGUGCAGUUUCGAGCAUCAGUGCGAAGAGGAACGAAAGAGAGGAGAAUGAGAGAGGGUCAUGUUCUCGAGGAGGAAGCGAAGAUGAUGAUGGCGGAGGGUGUGUUGAUGCCGAUGGCGACACGUCGAGGAAGAAACUGAGGUUGUUGAAAGAUCAGGCCUUGGUGCUUGAAGAAACAUUCAAGGAACAUAACACUCUGAAUCCUAAACAAAAGCAAGCUUUGGCAAAGCAGUUGAAUCUGAGUCCUAGACAGGUUGAAGUGUGGUUUCAAAACAGAAGAGCAAGGACCAAGCUGAAGCAGACUGAAGUGGAUUGUGAAUACUUAAAGAGGUGCUAUGAGAAUCUAACGGAUGACAAUAGGAGGCUACAGAAGGAAGUGCAAGAGCUAAGAGCAUUGAAGUUUUCCCCACAGCUCUACAUGCACAUGAACCCUCCAACCACUCUUACAAUGUGCCCUUCCUGUGAGCGUGUUGCUGUCUCAUCUGCAUCCUCCUCAUCGGCCUCCAUGCCUUCUGUGCCGCCUUCAGACAAUCACAACCCAUUAGGCCCUACCAUCCGGCGGCCAGUGCCUGUCAACCCUUGGGCCGCGAUGUCAAUUCAGCACCGUCCCCCACCAUAAUUUAUGACUCCUGGCUGUGGUGGUAGGGUAAAGAUCAGGAUUGAAGCUAAGACAUUUUUAGGUGGUAGACAGAAAUGAAUCAACAGAAUAGAUGUUAGAUGUUGGUUACUUGCUAGGUAUUGAGGUUGGGAAAUUCUAUUUGCUCCCUUAUUUUUUUGUUGCACUUUCCUUUCUUAUUUAUAUUCCAAAAAUUAAUUUCUAGAAUGCACAAUAUUGUUCUAGAAAUUAGUUUUUGGAUUGUAUAAAUACAGUUUUGAAAAUACAUUCCAAAAACUAAUUUCCAGAAUGUAAAAAAAGGUGGGGAUUGUAAAGAGGAAAAAGGGAAGCAAAUGGAAUCAUCAUGGUUUUGGCUAUGAACUCUUUUUGUCUAGGCUUAUUUUAUUUUGAGCCUGAAUAGAACAUGCUUUAGUGAA